UCUGUCCCCGGUGUGUGGGUCUGUGACUGUGUCCAACGGGGCCUGGUCCGUGUCCGGCCCCCCAAAUCUCCCGUCCCUGCCCCCAGGCAUUGGUCAACUAAAGUCAGAAUUCCCAGGAACUUGAACACAAGCUCCCAGUAAUUUCUGCACUGGCCUUCUAGUGAUAACUCCAAAGAAGAGUCUGCAAAUAGGAGAGCAGAGACAGGAGCUUCUGGCCCUACCCAUGGAAACUCAGGCUGAUCAUGUAUCUCAGGAACCUCAGGCCCUGCUUGAGAGUGCUCUUCCUUCCUCAAAAGUUGCUGCAUUUUCCGACAAGGACAGUCUGGGGGAUGAGGCGUUGGCAGCCGCACUCCUAAAGGCUAAGUCCCAGGAAUUGGUGACAUUUGAAGAUGUAGCUGUGUACUUCAUCCGGAAGGAGUGGAAGCGCCUGGAGCCCGCUCAGAGGGACCUCUACAGAGAUGUGAUGCUGGAGAAUUACGGGAAUGUGUUCUCACUGGAUGGUGAGACCAGAACUGAGCAUGAUCAAGACAUUUCUGAAGAAACAGGAUCACACGGGGUGCUAUUGGGAAGAUUCCAAAAGGAUAUUUCUCAGGGUCUUAAGUUUGAAGAAGCCUAUGAACAAGAAGUCAGUCUAAAGAGGCAGUUGGGAACUUCCUCUGGAGAAAGAUUGAAUAGGAAGAUACAAGAUUUUGGUCAAGUGACAGUUGAGGAAAAGCUCACCCCCAUGAGAGAGAGAAGUGAGAAAUGUAAUGAUUUGGGGAACAGUUUUACUGUAAGUUCCAAUCUUAUUUCACAUCAGAGACUUCCUGUGGGAGACAGACCCCACAAGUGUGAUGAAUGUAGCAAGAGCUUUAAUCGAACUUCAGACCUUAUUCAGCAUCAGAGAAUCCACACUGGGGAGAAACCCUAUGAAUGUAGUGAGUGUGGGAAGGCCUUCAGCCAGAGCUCACAUCUGAUUCAGCAUCAGAGGAUCCACACUGGAGAGAAACCCUAUGAAUGUAAUGAUUGCGGGAAGACCUUCAGCUGUAGCUCUGCUCUCAUUCUGCAUCGACGGAUCCACACUGGGGAGAAACCUUAUGAAUGUACCGAGUGUGGGAAAACCUUUAGCUGGAGCUCCACCCUUACUCAUCACCAGAGAAUCCACACUGGAGAGAAACCCUAUGCUUGUAAUGAAUGUGGGAAGGCCUUCAGUAGGAGCUCCACCCUUAUUCAUCACCAGAGAAUCCACACUGGAGAGAAGCCCUAUGAAUGUAAUGAGUGUGGGAAGGCCUUCAGCCAGAGCUCACACCUCUAUCAGCACCAGAGAAUCCACACUGGAGAGAAGCCCUAUGAAUGUAUGGAAUGUGGAGGGAAGUUUACCUAUAGUUCAGGCCUUAUUCAGCAUCAGAGAAUCCACACAGGGGAGAACCCCUAUGAAUGUAGUGAGUGUGGGAAAGCCUUUAGGUAUAGCUCAGCUCUUGUUCGCCAUCAGAGAAUUCACACUGGAGAGAAGCCUUUGAACGUAAUGGAUGAGCAAAAGUUCUCUCAGAGUUACUGCUGAAUUCAAUAUCAGAGAGUCAACAUGAAAGAGCCACACACCACACCUGUUUUUCUCAGUUUCUCUGAGUCUAAAGAGCUCCUGCCUUACUAUAAAAGUAUGAACAAUUUAGGAUGUGUCCCUUCUGACACAAACCUUUCACUUUAGAGAAUGGGGCAAAUUGGGCAAAUCAUCCUGGCACCGUGAUUAACAACCUAGUCAGUUUCCCCAGGAAUGACACCAGCCUUGAAAAAUGAUGAGGCAAGCAGCAUAUUCAAGUGCUGGGGAUACGAGGGAAGCUCUGGGACCAGUCACCUUCCACUUUGGAAGGGAGUUUGCACUAGACCAUUUUUCUCACACCAAGGGAGCCUUUCUUUCCAAGGUGGGGAUGGAAGCACAGUAGGAAUGAAACUCGAAGGAUUCCUCUAAGAGUUGGAGUCAGUAUAGUCCGUGCAGAAGGCAGUGGAAAGAAUGUUCUGGGCCUGCUACAAAAGGGCAAAGGCUGUAUUUGAAAGCCACUGUUCCUAAUCCAGCUUUAAGUUUUGAUAAGGAAUAUGCUAUUUUCUUUAAUGACUUCACUAAUUGUGGAAAUUUUGUGCUGAGGGAUUUGUUAUUUUAUUGAGCGGGGCAAGAGGGGUUUUCUGUGGUGACUAUUCUUUAGGGUUCUUGGGAGUAGCAAGACCAAGUUUCCAAAAACAUUCUGGCAAUUUUGUUGGAGAACCCCUCAUUCCCUGUUGUGGUAGGACUAAUUGGGAAAUCGGCUCAUCAGUGAGUCUAACAUGAGGGAGUGGAUCAAAAGCUUUUAGCAUUGGCUUCUGUUUCCUCUCCCAUUUCCUCUCACCACUUCUGUGAUGAAAAGGGAUUUAAUCUAAACCCCUACUUAGGAUGCUUUAAAGGCGCUCGCUCAUCCAGCUUGCCCUGCCCUCUGUCACUUACGACCUGUGACCGCGACCCAGCAGCCAGACUUCUCCUAACCCCACCUCUAACUUGAGCAAAGUAUGAAUGCAAAUAAAGCAAAGCCCAGAGACAGCAGGGCUCCUUGCUGGGUUAGGCUCGAGCCCCUGAGUAUUCCCAGCUGAAGGGAUGACCUUUCAUUUUGUUUUUCCAGUCCUGCUCAUCCUGUAGCAUAAAUGAAGUGCACUAUUAAACAGAAUAGUUUUUCAGAA